GCGACCAACGAUGUUCCGGCGACUCCUGUCGGCGAACGCGAGAAGUGCUCGUCUCUGGGUCGCGCGUGCUUGUGACGUGCCACAGCGACUUUUCCCAAUGAAAUUCCCGGCUUUGUUUUCGUGAGACAUGGCUUAUAAUCUGAAAAACGAGGAGGACGUCAGACUCUACUUGAAGAAUUUGUACACCGAGUAUCAGUUCGGCUGUUACGGCGAGAAAAAUCCGGAAGUUUGUCAUUUGCUCGGCGAUUACUACGAGAGCUUGAAGAAAGAUUUCGCAAAAGCCGCGGAUUUGUAUCAGAAGAAUUGCGACAAUUUGGAUUACGGACGCAGUUGCGCCAAGUUUGGUGGAUGGAGCAUGGUUGGCAAAGGCUGCGCGGCCGACGUAGCGCGCGGCUACAAUUACCUGGCGAGAGCGUGCGAGCUCGGCGACGCGAUCGGCUGCACGAACGCCGGCAUCGUCGGCCUGUCCGAGGCCAGGCUCCACGCGGAGGACCGAGCCGGCGCGAUGAAGCAGGCCGUCAGGUUGCUGGAGAAGGGCUGCAACGAGAAGCGCCAGGAGCGCGCCUGCUCCUUCCUGUCGGGCAUGUACCACCGCGGCAUCGAGGGCGUCGUCGAGCCCAAUCGCACGCAGACGUACAAUUACGCGCUCAAGGCCUGCGAGUUCGGCAAUUAUCACGCCUGCAGCCACGUAUCCAAUAUGCACGCCACGGGCGAGGGCGCGCAGAAGAGCAGCGAGCUGGCGGAAGCAUUUAAGAAGCGGGCGCUGGAACUGGAGAGAGAUAUCAAACAUGCGAAUCCUACGCUGAGGUUCGGCCAGGGCAUCGAAGUCUGACCGGCCGGAUGUCUUUCUUCUCUUCUUGUUGUAUACUCGUUUCUUCUAUUUCCCCUUGUUCCCAUUUGUUUGUUUGCGUACGCCUUCGUUUCUCGACUAUUUCACGCGCAUCGAGGGAUUAACAGUAGCACGACGACGCGCGACAUCCGAUAAAUUUGAAAGGACGAAACCUC